GCUUCUGUGUACAUCAUCUCCCUGAUCACAUUAUCCCUCAGCGGUGGCGGCUCUGCUCCGGAGACAGCCUGGGGAGAGGAGGCCUAGCAGCAACAUGCCGGUCCGAUUUAAGGGUUUAUCAGAAUAUGGCAAGAAUUUCAAGUGGAAAACAUCCAGUGAUUUCAGUCAUCAUCGUAAUGAGAUGUCCAGAUGGGCCGGCCUUCGAUCCGAUGAGCUUGGCAUUACUAAGGAACCAAGCUUUCCUUCAAAAAGAAGAGUUCCAUAUUACAACCCACAAGUUUCAAAAUCCUUACAAUGGAAGAAAAAUGAUGACUAUGCUGAAGAAUGUUUGGACUUGGGUUUUGGCACUGAAGAAGAUUACUUGGUGAAAGAGAAAAUACAAACUCCAGAUGCACCAAGGUUACCAAGAAAAUCCAGAUCUCAGUCAGCCGUUCCCAGAAUGCGGUCUGCUGAUGGCCACACGGCAGUUCCCAGAAUGCAGUCUGCUGAUGGCCACACAGCAGUUCCCAGAAUGCAGUCUGCUGAUGGACACACAGCAGUUCCCAGAAUGCAGUCUGCUGAUGGCCACACAGCAGUACCCAGAAUGCAGUCUGCUGAUGGACACACAGCAGUUCCCAGAAUGCAGUCUGCUGAUGGGCCUUCAGCGGUUACUAGAAUGCAGUCUGAUGAUGGCCACUCAGCAAUGGUAAAAGUGAAAAACAAUGAAACAGAAGAUGACAAUACAGUACCAGCACCAAGUAAAUCAAGUCCACAAAAAGAAAGUAAUGGGUUUCACAGAGUGCUGCAGAAGAAAGCAGGUUUAAUCAAAGCCCCUUCUCAUCAUCCACUGAAGAUGUCGGAAUACAGAAGGCAGUUUGAAAGAAAGAGUCCAGCAAAAAACUCUCCAUUACUGGCUGCAGAGCAGGUCAUACACAACAAGAAUCAAUCUGUUCCUCCGUUUAAGUUAAAUCAAAUCAGGACAGAGACAGAGUAUAAUAGUCAGUAUAAAGGAUCACCACCUGUAAAAGGACCAAAAUUAAGGAAGGACUGGGAAGACAAACAUCUAAUGGAAUAUGACCAAGAACAUCACCCACCUAAGAGGAAGGAUAAAAAGAAAAAGAUGGAUGAAGUGGAUUCUGGCAUCUCAAAAGUGUAUUCAUCUGAGAUUGAGCAGAAAGAAAAAGUUCAGAGAGAAAUUAUAAAAAAAAAAGUUCUUCAACAUUUUAACAAUCAGUCCAGAUGUUAUAGGAAAGCAAAAACUGAGUAUUCUGCAAAUUUUUCAUCGCCCACAGAAUAUAACUAUAAGGAUGGAGCUUGGGUGAGAGCAAAGGAGGAAGCACAUGACCAAGACCCUCCUCUCAGUGUAGGCUCCAUGUGGGUUGCUGAGGUGAAGGAACGACGUGAAAAAGCAGAGUAUUAUAGACGUCGUGCCCAGGGAACUCACUUCUCCCGAGAACACCUCAAUCAGAUACUUUCCACCAACAACAGAUUUUGGGAUGUGUCUUCAACCUCCAGCAGUGCAGAAGAUAUGAGCAGAAAUAUAAAAGCUCUAGAUCUUGCUGGAUUACAAACAUCUUCAAGGGAUGAAAAAAUACACCAGACACCCAAAAAAAUGAAAACUGGACCAGAUGCAGAUUUAGGGGUGUUAAAUCCCCCAGCCACCCCAGUUAGAAGGAAACUAGUUUGGGAUGAGUAUGAUGAUCCAGGGCAAACAGAAGAGAUAGUGCCCUUGAGAAUAGAGGAUGAACCUGAGGAAGCUGAGGACACUGAAGAGAUAGAUCAGGCAGAGCACAAUGCAGAGGAAGAGCACACAAAGAACAACAAUGAAACAAGGAUGCAGAGACCAUGUGAUAUGAAAUUAAAUCCCACAGAAGAUCAGUCUGAAUGUACCUCCAUGUCUUCUGCAGCUGAAGGAAGACUUCCUACUCCAAAACUGAAAACACAUGGCCUAGCACAGAGAACACAUCAUGAUCUAACUACUCCAGCCACAGGUGGUGCUCUUUUAGUUUCCCCAACUAACCGUCACCACACAUCGGAACAUAAGCAUAAAGGUUCCACUAAAAAAGACAGCAAUUACGUCUCCAAAUAUGUAAUUGAAAGAAAGAUGAAAAAGGAUGAAGAGCCAUCUGUGGAAUCUCCUCCUGUUGCUGGUCUGAUGACUGUAGAUCCAUUGCCACUGAGGGUGGAUCCAUGGCCGAAGUCACUUAUUUCUGAUAGAUCUACACCAGCAACUAUAUUCUAUCCUGUCAGUAGACCUGUAGAGAAACCUUCUGUCCCAGUAUCUCAGCAGUGGAGUACGCGUCGAAUACAUGGAUCCCUACGAGAUCCUGAAUUUCAGCAUAAUGGAAACUUCAACAGUCCAUGCUAUUAUAAUGGAGACUUUAAUGAUAACAGUAGCAUUGAAGAUGACCGGCUGUCCCAGAUCUCUGCUAGGUCAGCAGCUUCUAGCUCUCUGGCCUCUCAGGUACUGGAGUGUGCACAGAGGCGAAAAGAGUACUUCUGGGGCAAGAAAUGACAAGAUUCAUCAGCUUUUAUUCUUUUUUACAUAGAUGUGGAAAAUGUAAAAACUAUGAUAAUUAUGUGUGUUUAAAAUUUGUCUGUAUUUUCAAGAUGUAAUCAUUGUCUUAUUGGGGUUUUUUAUGCACUAUUCCUAUUGUUGAAAUAAUGGUAGGGCUAAUAAAUUGUAUGAUUCUUAUGUCAUUCAUUUGCAACAGUAUACUUUGAAAUCAAUAUAGAUCUAUGGUGGUCAUUCCGAGUUGUUCGCUCGUUGCCGAUUUUCGCUAUAUUGUGAUUAGUCGCUUACUGCGCAUGCGCAAGGGUCGCAGAGUGCAUGCGCUUAGUUAUUUUACACAAAAGUUAGGUAUUUUACUCACGGCAUAACGAGGAUUUUUCAUCGUUCUGGUGAUCGUAGUGUGAUUGACAGGAAGUGGGUGUUUCUGGGCGGAAACUGUCCGUUUUAUGGGAGUGUGUGGAAAAACGCUGGCGUUUCUGGGAAAAACGCGGGAGUGUCUGAAGAAACGGGGGAGUGUCUGGGCGAACGCUGGGUGUGUUUGUGACGUCAAACCAGGAACGAAACUGACUGAACUGAUCACAAUGGCUGAGUAAGUCUGGAGCUACUCAGAAACUGCUAAGAAAUUUCUAUUCGCAAUUCUGCGAAUCUUUCGUUCGCAAUUCUGCUAAGCUAAGAUACACUCCCAGAGGGCGGCGGCUUAGCGUGUGCAAUGCUGCCAAAAGCAGCUAGCGAGCGAACAACUCGGAAUGAGGGCCUAUGGACGGAUUGGAUUUACAUUGUCUCCCCCCUGCCCUCUUUUCUGUAUUAUACAGUACGUUGGAGCGAUUACAUCUCCACUCCCUACUCACUGCUUUAGAAUAUACCGAUUUGGUAUAUUAAAUAAACAUUCACCAUGAGAAUGUUAACAUGGUCAUAAUAUGAACAUGUCAACUCUAUGGGCGGUAGUCAAUUCUUUUCACCCCCUUUCACACCCGUUCUGUUUCUGCUGAUGGAUGUGGUAUCAUCAUUUCAGCCUGCUACCCCCGGGGGGAACGAGUUGCCCUAACCCUUUAAGCAACUAAACCUGAUAACUAUGGGCGCGAUAUGCGCAAUAACGAGAAACACGUUAGAAAGGAGAUUGGGCGUGAUGUAUCAUUUGGAUACCACCCUAUGAAUCUCGAUUUACAGACUGCAUACCUAAUUUACAGUACAAGACAUUCAAGACUACUGUUGCUUUUUAUAUUUGUUGAAACAAUGUUACAGUUUUAUACAGAAUUGUUUGACAUUACGUAAUGCUAUAGAGUGGAUUUUUAGUUUUAAUGUUUCAGCUAUAAGGGUACUUACUGGCAUUGUGUAUGCUUACAAUAAAACAACUCAAGUUCCAUCGGUCAGGUGAAAACAAAUAGAAACUGGUUCACAUGCGGUAUACCUAUUAUGGUAAAGUUUCUAUUACACUAAUUCGUGAAGCACAAUGUCAAUAAAACAUAAACUCACAUUAUUAAAUAAAUUUUUAUUUAAAUAAAUACUCCCCAAACCUUCA